AGGCAGCCUGGGCCCCUGGUGCAUAGUGUCUCCUGUGGUCCCUGAGGUCACUGUCCCUAGCCCCUCUGGCAGCAGCCCCUCCUUCUCUUGGCUGCAGCCAAGUCCCCGGGGGUUCCAGGCCACUGUGUAGUCUGGGGCGGGGCUCCAGGAUGACAACUUGCCUCAGCUGCUUAUAGCUCAGGGAGUGCCAGGGACUCAGCUCCCUUCCCUUGGAAGUGCCAUCCUGCAACCUCCUGUAUCAGACAGGUAAUGUGCCCACAUCGUAACAAGGACUGAGGGAGGCACAUCUCAUGCAUGUUUCUCUUAACAAAGAAGCAAAGCAGUGUCUGUUUCAUAGGAAGAGUGAAAGAAGAUGAAUUAUAACGUACCCCUUUCUGUAAAACUGAAUGAUGGACACUUCAUGCCUACACUGGGGUUGGGCACCUCUGCUCCUAUUAAGGUUGCUAAAAGCAAGGUAGAGGAGGCCAUCCAGAUAGCAGUUGAUGUGCGCUACCGCCAUAUUGACUCAGCUUACAUGUAUCUAAAUGAAGAGGAGAUUGGGCGGGCCAUCCGGAAGAAGAUCGCCAAUGGCACUGUGAGGAGAGAAGACAUAUUCUAUACAUCGAAGGUGUGGAGCACCUUUUCUCGUCCAGAAUUGGUCCAAACGUGCCUGGAAAGAUCACUGAAGAAACUUCAGCUGAGCUAUGUGGAUCUCUACCUUAUUCAUUGCCCAAUGUCUUUCAAGGUCUCUAGGCUCCAAACGGCUUGGCUGAGGCCAGACAGAGCUCUGUACAAGCUCCCCUUCUCUCCUGUGUUCCAGCCUGGGGAGGAGAUUUUUCCAAAGGACACACAUGGAAAAAUUAUUUUUGACACCGUGGAUCUCUGUAGCACAUGGGAGGCCAUGGAGAAGUGUAAGGAUGCAGGAUUGGCCAAGUCCAUUGGGGUGUCCAACUUUAACCGCAGGCAGCUGGAAAAGAUCCUGAACAAGCCAGGGCUCAAGUACAAGCCUGUCUGCAACCAGGUGGAAUGUCAUCUUUACCACAACCAAAGCAAACUACUGGAGUUCUGCAAGUCCAAGGACAUUGUCUUGAGUGCAUAUGCUGCCUUGGGCUCUGACCCAGCCAAGGAAUGGAGGAACAAGAACAGCCCAGUUAUCCUGGAGGAUCCAGUACUCAAUGUGGUUGCUGAAAAGCAUGGGCAAACUCCUGCCCAGGUGGCCCUGCGCUAUCAGCUGCAGCGGGGAGUGGUGGUCCUGGCCAAGAGCUUCAGGGAGAAGAGAAUCAAAGAGAACUUCCAGGCUUUUGACUUCCAUUUGACACCAGAGGAUAUGAAAACUCUAGAUGGCCUGAACAGGAAUAUGCGCUAUUUUGAAGAUGCUGAAUUUGCUAAUCACCCAGAAUAUCCAUUUCUUGAUGAAUAUUAACAAAGAGUCUACAGUUGCUCCAGAGUUCUUUGAUUUUGGUUGACGAAUAGAGAACAUCUCAAGAAUGAGACGUUACCUGGUUUAUUCCGUAUUGCUUAGCUUGCUGAGUCACAAGUUGGCCCAAGUUCCCAAAUUAGGUAGUAAAAGUCUCUAAACCUACUUUUUAUUUCUCUAAAGAAAAUAAGGAUGUACUUUAAACAACCUAACCUACUGCAGCUUUGACAUUUAUUUGCUUUUUUGUUUUUUUACCUGUUUCACUGAGGUUGAAGCGCUGACAUCCCUGGAAGUGAUCACAGGGGAUGUGAAUCUCUCAGAACACGUGAAUCAUUUGUUAUAACUUCACAUUUUCAAAGUCUAGCUUUUCACUUCUUUGUAGUUCUUAUUUUUUUUCCAUUUUCUUCUGUGAAUUUUCCACACCAUAUAAUUUUGUUAGAAGUUAUAAAUGGAUUUAAAAUUUAAUCAAUACAUAAUACCCAAAAUGUCCCGAUUUUAAUAAAGGACACUUAUCAUACCAAGAACAAGGACGGUCUCAAACUGAAUUAAAAAAGAUAAGCAUAAGAUGCAUACAAUAAAAUCUGAUCAACAUAUUAUCUGACCAAGAUUUUAAAGCAACCAUCAUAAAAAUGUUUCAACAGCAAUUAUAAACACAAUUGCAAUAAAAAUAAAGUUUUAGUAAAGAAAUAGUCUCAGCAAACAAGUAUAAGAUAUAAAGAAUAACCAAAUGGAAACUUUAGAACUGAAAAAUACAAUAAUCAAAAUAAAAAUUCAGUGAAUCCAAUCAUAGCAUAAGGUAACAAUUAAAUUAAAUAAUCAGUAAACUGGAAGAUAAUAUAAAUCACCCAGUAGGAACAACAGAGAGAAAAUACACAGACGAAAAAAAGGAACAGCGCCUCAAAGACCUGUGGAACUAUAACAAAAAGCCUAACAUUUAUGUCCUCAAAGCCCUGAGAGGAAAGGAAACAAAGGAUGGAUUUGGAAAAGUACGUGAAGAAGCAGUGGCUGAAAACUUUCCAAAUUUAGAAAUAUACAUAAACCUGCAGAGUCAAGAAGAUAAAUGAUCCCCAAGCAAUAUAAAUGAAAAGAAAUACACAUCAAGAUACAUCAUAAUUAAAUUUAUGAAAACUAAAGAAAAAGAGAAGAUCUUGAAAGCAGCGAGAGAGAAAUGAAACCUUACUUACAGGCGAAAAAAAUCUAAACGACAGUGGAUUUUUCAUCUAAAACCAUGAAGGCCAGAAGGAAGUGACAAUAAUUUCCAAGUCUGAAAGAAAAUAACUGUUAAUCCAGAAUCUUAUAUCCAACAAAAAUAGCUUUCAAGAAUACCAGGGAUAUCAAGACAUUCCCAGAUGAAGUAAAAAUAAAAGAAUUUUUGCAAGAACACCUAUCCUAAAAGAAUGGCUAAAGUAAAUUUUCUAAACAUAAAGAAAACGGUAAAUGAUGAAACCUUGUAACAUCAGGAAGGAAAAAACAUAUGGUAAGCAAAAAUAUGGGCAAAUACAAUAGAUUUUCUUUAUCCUCUUGAGUUUUCUAAUGUUUGGCAGUUGAAGCAAAUCCAAGUUCCAAAGCUGUGCACCAUGUCACCCUGGGGCACCACAGUGAACUCACAGGAAUGCCACAGGCCUUUCACCAGAGAGGAUAUACAAAUGGCUGAUAAGCACAUGAAAAGAUGCUCAACAUUAGUCAUUAAGAAUAGCUAUAAUAUUAAUAACAAAGACUAAUGAUGUUGAGAGUGUGGAGAAAUGGAAAUCCUCACACAUUUCUACACUACAAUUUCCAGUGUGUAAGGGAAUGGAAACUUGUGCAAUUUGAAAAACAGUUGUCAGUUUCUCACAACAGUUAAACAUAAAACUGCCACACAACCAGCAAUCCCCUGUCGUCCUCCCUAAGGUCCUUCUACAGCCCACCAUUAUCCCCUGAACAAAUGAUCCCUGACUCUGUUUCCUGCUUUUUAUGCUUUUGAUUGCCACUUACCCUUGGAUUUUCCAUUCAAAUGAAAAGCGCAAGUGCCCAGUGAAGACAGUAUCUAUUCAGAUAGGAUCCCCUAGUCCUAAAGUCAUCAGAAAUGCAUACAAGCCACUUGACACAGUGCGUCCCUCAAAGAGCACACAUUCAUACCUUUAGUCUGUGGAGCUUGCUCUGCAGUCCCCAGUGUGCAGAAGAACUUAAACACAGAAGCCACAUUCCCUAUAGAAAAGCAGAGGUGCCACGGAAGAGGGAAGAGGGCUUUGUGAGCUCCACUCUUAGAAUUAAAAGGCAAGAUGCACAGAGCUGUCAAAUACCACCUGAAAGGGAAUUAGGAAAUACUGAUCAAGAAUGCGAUUGCAUACGCUCUGUGAAACUUCUCCAGCUUUACAAUUUCCCACCAUUUGCUUCUUUUUGCUAUCCACUGUUUCUUUCUUCACAGUGGUUUUACAAAGGGUAAGAAACCCUAAAAUCAAAUAGGCAGUGCAAAUAUUGCCAUCUCCUGCCAGAACCACAAAUGAGCUUGAACAUUAAGUGUUCCCCAAGUGCCACUUGGUGGCAGCCUUAAUUGACAGUUUUCAUGUGGCCUUGGGAAAUAGUCCAUAAAAUGCAAUACUAUAGUCAAUCCUCAUUAUGCAGCUGUUUUGAAAUACACAAUAUGUUAUUAACUAUAGCUGUCCUAGUCUGCAAUGGAACACCAGAACUUAUUCCCCCUCCAACUGCAGCUUUGUACCCGCUGACCAACUUCCCCUCCCUGCCCCAGCAUCGAGUAACCACUGUCCUACCCUCUACUUCUGGUUUAGGUGUAAGUGACGAGUGACAUAUGCAAAAUAGUAUGGCUAGAUCUGUGACUCUGGGAGAUAAAGAAAAUAAAAAAUACAUACAGGCACACACACACAUGCAUGUGCACACAGACUACGAGGUGCUGACUGUGUACCUGCUUUCUGUACACCACUUAAUCCUGAUGCCCUUAGGUAGGCAGUGAUGACAAAUGUAAGGCUUAAGAGACUAUCUGCACAAAGUCACACAGCUAACAAGUGACAGGGAGUCAGAAACAUGGAAAUGUUAAGUCCAUGGGGGUGAAGCUGGGAGGAGUCAGAAACUGCCUGGUGACAUGGGGGUGGCAGGAAACCCUCUAAGUACCCUCCUAUUUCUGGUCCUUUAUCAACAGCCUUACUAAACCUCUCUCCUUGCAGACUGGCCAAACCAUGGCACCUCACCCUCACAUCUACCUCCACUAGAAUGAGCCUCACUCAAGGUUCUCUUAUGAACAAUAAACAUCUUUUCAUUUUGU